AUGGUGCUGUCGCGCUCAUUUGCGCCGAAGCCCUUAACCUAUACGAAGAUGUGUUUUCUCGUUAACUGCCUCAAACGAUUUAAGAGUUCACAACAAUGGUUGAGUCGUCAAAAAUCUGAUCCUUACGUAGAAAAGGCAAAAAUCUAUAAUUACAGAUGUCGCAGUGCUUUCAAACUAUUAGAAAUGAACGACAAAACAAACAUACUGACUCCAGGCCUGACAGUUAUUGACCUUGGUGCGUCGCCAGGGUCAUGGACACAAGUUGCAGUUCAGAAAACGAACUCUGAUGGUGCUGACCCAACCCAACCUAAGGGGCGAGUUCUUGCUAUUGACAAGCUUCAGAUAUUUCCGAUAGAGGGAGCAUCCAUUAUGAGUAACAUGGAUUUUUCCACCAUAGAUGCUCAUGAUAGAGUAAUAGCAGCACUAGAUGGCACAAAAGUGGAUGUGGUUCUGUCUGACAUGGCCCCUAGUGCCACAGGAGUGAAGGAACUGGACAAAGACAGGAUAAUAGGCCUUUGUUACAUGGCUAUAAGAUUUGCAGCUCUAGUCAGUAAAGUGGAUGGUAACCUGCUAUUCAAAGUUUGGGAUGGAAAGGAAGUCCCUAUAUUAGAGAUGGAUUUACAAAGAUUCUAUAAACACAUUAAGAUAAUGAAGCCAAUGGCUAGUCGAUCUGAGUCUUCAGAAAAGUUCAUAUUGGCUCGAGGAUUCAGAGGCAUACAAAGACCAUUGAGGAAUGGAAGAUGGGGAGAAUAA